GGCAUGCCCCGGACACUGAGCGCCUCCGACAUGGUCACCCCCGGCAGCCCUGGUACACCCCCCGCCGAGCCCACGGAUGGCGAGCAGGCCGGGCAGCCCCUCCUGGAUGGGGCUCCCUCGUCAGCCUCCCUGGACACCCUGAUCCAGCACCUGGUGCCCACGACUGACUACUACCCCGAGAAAGCCUACAUCUUCACCUUCCUCCUGAGCGCCCGCCUCUUCAUCGAGCCCCGGGAGCUCCUGGCCCGCGUCUGCCACCUGUGCAUUGAGCAACAGCAACUGGACCAGCCCGUGCUGGACAAGGCCCGGGUCCGGAAGUUUGGCCCCAAACUGCUCCAGCUGUUGGCCGAAUGGACGGAGACAUUCCCGCGGGACUUCCAGGAGGAGUCGACCAUCGGGCACCUGAAGGACGUGAUGGGCCGCAUUGCCCCCUGUGACGAGGCAUACCGAAAGAGGAUGCACCAGCUCCUGCAGGCUCUGCACCAGAAGCUGGCCGCUCAAGGCCAGGGCCCGGAAGGCCUGCUCGGUGCCGACAAGCCCAUCUCCUACAGGACCAAGCCGCCGGCCUCCAUCCACCGGGAGCUCCUCGGCGUCUGCAGUGACCCCUACACUCUGGCCCAGCAGCUGACCCACGUGGAGCUGGAACGGCUGCGGCACAUCGGGCCUGAGGAGUUUGUCCAGGCUUUUGUGAACAAGGACCCUUUGGCCAGCACAAAGCCUUGUUUCAGUGACAAGACUAACAAUCUGGAGGCUUACGUGAAAUGGUUCAACAGACUGUGCUACCUCGUGGCAACUGAGAUCUGCAUGCCCGCCAAGAAGAAGCAGAGGGCCCAGGUGGUGGAGUUCUUCAUCGAUGUGGCCCGUGAGUGCUUCAACAUUGGCAACUUCAACUCUCUGAUGGCCAUCAUCUCUGGCAUGAACAUGAGCCCCGUCUCCAGGCUGAAGAAGACCUGGGCCAAAGUGAAGACGGCCAAGUUUUUCAUCCUCGAGCACCAGAUGGACCCAACAGGGAAUUUCUGCAACUACAGGACAGCCCUGCGGGGGGCAGCCCAUCGCUCCCUGACCGCCCACAGCAGCCGGGAGAAGAUCGUCAUUCCCUUCUUCAGCCUGCUCAUCAAAGACAUCUACUUCCUGAACGAGGGCUGUGCCAACCGCCUCCCCAAUGGACACGUCAACUUUGAGAAAUUUCUGGAGCUGGCCAAGCAGGUUGGAGAGUUCAUCACAUGGAAACAAGUGGAGUGUCCCUUUGAACAGGACCCCAGCAUCACACACUACCUGCACACCGCUCCCAUCUUCAGCGAAGAUGGUCUUUAUUUGGCUUCUUAUGAAAGUGAGAGCCCAGAGAACCAAACAGAAAAAGAGAGGUGGAAAUCUCUAAGAUCUUCUAUUUUGGGGAAGACGUGAGAAGCUGGAGGAGGAGGAAGGAGGAAGUCAGCAGAAGCCUUCCACAGCCCUGCCUUAGCCGGCCCGGCAGAAAAUAAGAGGUGUUGGCACCUCACCGCUUUGCAAACCGUGACCCCACGGCCUGGCGCCCGCCCCAGCAGCCACACGGCCCGGGAGACCUUUCUCCACCUUCUGUGGAACUUCAGCUCCGGGGAAGGGCCCAGGGCCUCCUGACGUGCGGGUAGCACGUGCC